UGCAGUAAGUCGUCUGGGAGCGACUCCUACAUCUUUGUUCGCUCGCAGCUAUAACUAUGGUUUUACUUUCUUUAAAACCGAGCCCCUCCAACGCUGGCACUGACAGAAAUUUAAAAAUUUGAGCACACAUGGGUGCUUUCGGUAUUUCUCAAGUAGCCAGAUUCAGCGGGCCGGCGUAACGCCUUAAUGGAGCCCUAAGGUGUAUGAUUGGCUAGAGCCAGGCCCCGCCCGGCCUCGCCCCCAAGUUCUGAAGUGUAGUUGCUGCAACCUGUGGGGAACCUUGGCACUCCAGAACCUGUCCGGGUCUAGUCUGUGGCUUGCAGCUCGGCGACAGUCAUGGGGACGGAUGCUGCCCACGAGCCCGAGACCGCAGAAGUGCUGCCCCAGCACCAGUUAGACUGCAAGUCCUUGGAUGCUUACCUAAGCCGUCAUUUGCCUGGCUUCGGGGCACAGCCCGGAGCUACGUUGACCGUUACUCAGUACAGAUCAGGGCAGUCUAAUCCAACCUUUCAUCUCAAGAAGGGCUUUCAAGCAUAUGUACUCAGGAAAAAGCCACCAGGUUCACUUCUUCCUAAAGCACAUAAGAUUGAUAGAGAAUAUAAAGUCCAGAAAGCCUUGUUUUCCGUUGGCUUCCCUGUUCCCAAAGUUUUACUGUACUGCAAUGAUACUUCUGUCAUUGGAACAGAAUUUUAUGUGAUGGAACAUGUGCAGGGCCGAAUCUUUCGUGACUUCACACUUCCCGGAGUUAGCCCAGCAGAACGCUCAGCCAUAUAUGUGGCCAUGAUAGAGACACUGGCUCGACUGCAUUCUUUGAAUUUACAGACAAUGCAAUUGGAGGGAUAUGGUCCAGGUGCUGGGUACUGCAAAAGACAGGUUUCAACCUGGACAUCGCAGUAUCAAGCUGCAGCUCAUYAGGACAUCCCUGCCAUGAAACAGCUGUCUGAGUGGCUAAUGAAAAACCUGCCAGAUAAUGACAAUGAGAGCAAUUUGAUUCAUGGAGAUUUCAAGCUAGAUAACAUCAUUUUCCACCCUAAGGAGACUCGAGUUAUAGCAGUUUUGGAUUGGGAACUUUCGACCACUGGUCAUCCUCUGUCAGAUUUAGCUUAUCUUUCUCUGUUCUACUUUUGGCCAAGGACCAUUCCAAUGCUGCAUCAAAGUUCUCAAAUUCAAGAAAGCAUAGGAAUACCAUCAAUGGAAGAACUGGUUUCAAUAUAUUGCCGCUACAGGGGAAUUAAUCCUAUUCUUCCUAACUGGAAUUUCUUUCUUGCAUUUUCAUAUUUUAAACUGGCUGGAAUAGCACAGGGAGUAUAUAGUAGAUAUCUUUUGGGAAAUAAUUCAUCUGAGGAUAGCUUUCGGUUUGCCAAUAUUGUGCAACCUCUGGCAGAAACUGGAUUACAACUCUCAAAAAGAACUUUUAGUACUGUGUUGCCACAGGUUGAUACUACAGGAAAGUUGUUCCUACAGACUAAGAAAGGCCAGGAAGUUCUUAUGGAGGUGAAGCAUUUCAUGAAAAAACACAUUCUUCCUGCUGAAAAGGAGGUAUUUGAAUACUAUGUUCAAAAUGAAAAUUCCAUAGAGAAGUGGAAACAACCUUUAGUGAUUGAUAAACUCAAGGAAAUGGCCAAAGCACAGGGACUCUGGAACUUGUUUUUGCCAGCUGUGAGCGGUCUGAGCCAGGUGGACUAUGCCUUGAUAGCUGAAGAAACAGGAAAAUGCUUUUUUGCUCCAGAUGUCUUUAACUGCCAAGCACCAGACACAGGGAACAUGGAGGUACUGCACCUUUAUGGAAGUGAGGAACAGAAGCAGCAGUGGCUGGAGCCUCUUCUUCGAGGGGACAUUACCUCUGCCUUCUGUAUGACAGAGCCUGAUGUAGCUUCAAGUGAUGCCACAAAUAUUGAUUGUAGCAUCGAGCGAGAUGGAGAUAGCUAUAUAAUUAAUGGCAAGAAAUGGUGGAGCAGUGGAGCUGGGAAUCCCAGGUGUAAAAUUGUAAUUCUUUUGGGAAGAAGUAAAGCUACUUCACAGUCCAGGCACAAACAGCACAGCAUGAUUCUUGUUCCUAUCAACACACCUGGAAUAAAAAUAAUAAGGCCUUUGUCAGUUUUUGGGUACUCGGAUAACUUACACGGAGGACAUUUUGAGAUCCAUUUCCACCAAGUGCGAGUUCCUGCUACAAAUUUAAUACUAGGCGAAGGGCGGGGAUUCGAAAUUUCCCAAGGCCGCCUUGGACCUGGCAGAAUCCACCAUUGUAUGAGAACAAUAGGUUUAGCAGAACGUGCUUUGCAAAUCAUGUGUGAACGGGCAGCACAAAGGAAAGCCUUUAAGAAGAAACUGUAUGAACAUGAAGUUGUGGCUCACUGGAUUGCUGAGAGCCGAAUUGCCAUCGAGGAGAUCCGCUUGUUGACCUUGAAAGCCGCCCACAGCAUAGAUACUCUGGGCAGCACUGGUGCCAGAAAGGAGAUUGCAAUGAUCAAAGUGGCUGCCCCACGGGUCGUCUGCAGGAUCAUUGACCGAGCCAUCCAAGUGUGUGGAGGUGCAGGCGUCUCUCAGGAUUUCCCUCUGGCUAACAUGUAUGCGUUAACACGAACUCUGCGCCUAGCAGAUGGACCCGAUGAAGUGCACCUCUCAGCAAUUGCCAAGAUGGAGCUACAGGACCAAGCUAAAGCGCUGAGAGCCAAGAUGUGAGGAAGGCAACACCACUCUAUCCCCAGGGUAGACGCAUUCCUUAAUCAGCUCCAAUGUUUGAUUGAGUCUCACAUUUUUGUAACAGAUUGAGAACAGGGUUAGUUUUCACUUGUGGUAAAGAUUUUAGCCUCUAUUUUGAUCAGUGGGUUUUAUAAUUUCAAGGGUCACACAGAUAUAAGUUGGAAAAUCUGUAGCUGUUCUUAGGUCUAGUAACUAAGUGGUUUAGUAUUUGCUUUUAAGUGCAACUUAUAAUGAGAUCAUAAAAUAAUGGAGAAUUAUUUCUAAAACAUUUCCUGUGUGGCAUAAAAAUGGUUUGAUGUUUUGAAUUUUAGGAAUUAAUAUAAGUAAAUAACUUCAAUAAUAUUUCAUCCUGCUUUUAAAAACAUAUAGUUGGAUCUCU